AUGACAUUUCCUCGUCCCAGACCUGGUCUGCGAUAUAGGCGGGAGCAACCAAGCUGGGCAGGCAAACGGUGCACGAGAGGACAUGCAGCAUCAAGUUUUCCAGACGCAAACUACACGAAUCAUUCACUGCUGAUCUUUCCACGCCUUCUACCACGUUCUACCUCGCUCAUCUCGAAUUGUUUAUGUACGGUCUCGACGCAAAAGGACUCUCAGAACUUGAUAGGCGGUACACCCUACCAAUCAGGUGCACUCUUCUCAUAUGAGGGUAACCCAGAGGAAGUGAUCCUUCGUGUGGGUAUUUCAUUCGUAUCGACGGACCAGGCCUGUGUGAAUGCCGAGGAGGAAAUUGGCACAAGUUCCUUUGAGGAAAUCCAGAAGGCGUCCAAGGCUCUUUGGCAAGAGAAGCUCAGCAAGAUCAAGAUCGAUGUUGUAAACACGCUCCCUAAUGUGACGGAGAUGCUUUAUUCUUCGCUGUACCGAGCGUCAUUGACUCCUAAACUUAAGGCGCAUUUGCGAACACGACAUCAUUCUACUUUGACUCUCUUUACUGUAGCUGGGAUACGUUCCGGACAUUUUACCCCCUCAUGGCUCUUCACUAGCACUCCCCAGUCGAAUUCGCACAAAUCGUGGACAACUACAUCGAUGGCUGGCGGCAGGUCAAGCGGUGACAGCAUCGUCGCACAGUUUGCGGUGAACUAUCACAGUGAGGCGCAAGCGCUGGGAAUCAAUCUCGACGACUUGUAUGCCGCGCUUGUCGCGGACGGGCAGGUGAAUCCGCCCGAAUGGAAUAUAAUGGGCAGGCAGGUGAAUGUGUACAAGCGAUUUUCUUGUGUACCUUUUGCUGUUCUAGACACUGGGAGUACCGGUAGACAGACCAGGGAGGGAAGUAGAACUCUUGAGUAUGCAUUCCAGGACUUCGGUAUUCGUCAGGUGGCUCAAGUGCUUGGCGAAACAGACAAUGUUGAAUAUUACACCAACCGAUCAUAUUGGUACCGCAAUGUCUGGGAUGCAACUGUGUACAGUGAUGGAUACCAAGGGUUCAUGCAGAAGAGAUUCCCCAAUGGAACCUUCUAUAACACCGACCCUGUCGACUGCUCGCCAAAGGACACCUUGAACAACAUCGUAGCACCACCAUUCACAUCGAAGAUCACGAAGGCAUUUUUGGAUGCAAUACUAGCCAACGAUGCUGUUCCCGAGCUAGUCAACUUUGGUAUCUGUCUCGCCCAACAAGUCAUCCCGCACCCUAGUGAUGCUCGUAGCACCAAUGCUUAA